CCACUGGUAUGCUGCCAAUACUCACUGCCCUACUGUGCCUUGGGCUAUGUCUGAGCCAGAGGAUCAACACUGAAAAGGAGACUCUCCCGAAACCCAUCAUCUGGGCCAAACCCAAUAUCAUGGUCACAAAUGGAAACUCGGUGAACAUCUGGUGUCAGGGGGCUCAGAGUGCUUCUGAGUAUCAACUGUACUUUGAAGGAAGCUUUUUUGCAUUGGAGAGACCAAAUCCAUCAAGAUCGAUGAAUAAGGUUAGGUUCUUCAUUUCACAAAUGACCUCACAUACUGCAGGGAUCUACACCUGCUUCUAUCAGAGUGGAGAGCUCUGGUCAGAGUCAAGCAACCCCCUGAAACUGGUAGUAACUGGUCUGUAUGACACACCCAACCUCUGGGUUUAUCCACAGCCUGAGGUAACCUUGGGGGAGAAUGUUACCUUCUUUUGCCAGCUGAAGACUGCGACAACCAAAUUCUUUCUGCUCAAGGAGAGAGGAUCCAAACACAUCCAGCAUAAAUAUGGGAACAUCAAAGCGGAGUUCCCCAUGGGCCCUGUGACUAGGGCUCACAGAGGGACAUACAGAUGUUUUGGCUCUUACAACGACUAUGCAUGGUCUUUUCCCAGUGAGCCUGUGACACUACUCAUCACAGGAGGUGUUGAGAACGUCAGCCUUGCACCUACUUCUUCUCUUGAUUAUUGGGAAUUUGACCUUUCAACCAAAGAAUCAGGAUUACAUAAGGACUCUGCCUUCUGGGAUCACACAACCCAGAAUCUCAUUCGAAUUGGUCUGGCAUGCAUAAUCCUGAUAACUCUAGUAUGCUUUUUGACUGAAGACUGGCUCAGCAAGAGGAAAGGUCAUGAAGAGGCCAACAGAUUAGCAAAUCGGGAAUGCAGGAGAAGACGGAGAAUGCAGCAUUACCUUGAAGAGGAACAAAGAAAUGCAAUAUCUAUGAGGGAACUGAAGGCAACUCCUGGGGCCUUGUGAGCUCUAUGCUGCACCCUGGAUAAAGAAAGAGGUCUUUUCAGGAAUGAAUGGGGUAGGA